UGAUUAAUCAGCCAAGCGGAGAGUGUGUGCCUCUCUUGGUCUGCAACCUGCAAAAGCAUAUACGUACUUUAUUGCACAGUUACAUUAAAUGUGAUUUAAAAGUGUUGGCGUAUUAUUGUUUGACGUAAUCUCCUCUUGUUUGUUCUUCCGAGAGUUAAAGAAAUAUUAUUUUUUCUUAACUUACAUGCGAAAACUGCUUAUAAAAUUCAUUCUUUUCGUCAUAUGUGAUUUACUAACUGGUUGUAUGUUCGUGGAAGAAGAGGAGUUAUAAAAGUUUCUUCCACAUUCGGAGGAGCGCGACAAAGUGAUUGACAACACUCCGUGAUAGUGGCACAUAUAAGUGAUAUCCUCUCACAAUUCUUGUGGGUUGUUUUUUGUUUUGUGACACAGAGAGAGAGAGCUUUGGUAUAAGGAGGCCAAUCCCACAAUUAGCACACCCAUUUCUAGGGAGAAUUUGCCGUUUCCCCAAAAAUCCUGUGAUUCACCUGCUGCAUUAAAACUUUCAACCGCUGAGGAAACCCCUUAGGGACGUACGCCACAAUGAUUUACCUCAUCACAGACAUGUAUGACUGGUAUAGGGAUCUCAUGGAUAAUAAAAGUGACCCACGAGUUCAAGACUGGCCAUUGAUGUCAUCCCCAUUACCUACCAUGGCGAUAUGUUUAUUCUAUGCGUACUUCAGCAAAGUGAUGGGACCACGAAUUAUGGCCAAUCGUAAACCAAUGAAUCUUAGAAAUAUUCUAGUUGUGUACAAUUUAAUUCAGACAAUAUUUAGUGCAUGGAUUUUCUAUGAGUAUCUGCAAAGUGGAUGGUGGGGUCAUUAUAGUUUAAAGUGCCAACCAGUGGACUAUUCUCGAAGCCCAAUGGCCAUGAGGAUGGCAAACACGUGUUGGUGGUAUUUCUUAGCGAAAUUUACAGAAUUCUUCGACACACUCUUCUUCAUCUUGAGGCACAAAAUGGAGCACGUCUCGACGCUGCAUGUCAUCCAUCAUGGUUGCAUGCCCUUCUCUGUGUGGAUGGGAAUGAAAUUUGCACCAGGUGGCCAUAGUACAUUCUUCGCUAUGCUUAAUUCAUUUGUGCAUAUUGUCAUGUAUUUCUACUACAUGGUGGCAGCAAUGGGUCCAAGGUAUCAAAAGUACAUUUGGUGGAAGAAGUACCUCACCACAUUCCAGAUGGUUCAAUUCGUUGCAAUUUUCAUACAUCAGUUCCAGUUGCUUUUCCGCGAUUGCGACUACCCGAAAGGAUUCAUGGUGUGGAUUGGGUUGCACGGUGUAAUGUUUCUGUUCCUCUUCUCUGACUUCUACAAAGCCAAGUACAGUCGGCCGUCCAAGGGGAAAUUAUCGGCGAGGGAUUCAAAAGCUGACCAUGCCACGCAAAAUGGCAAAAUUCACACAAAUGGCAAUCAGGGUGCUUGCAUGCCUGUCAUGAAUGACGAUGAGGACCAAUUGACCAAUAAUAAAAUGAAUGGUCUUCAUCAUCGCAAUGGGUACACCAAUGGGGGUGUCACAAAUGGGCACACGAGCGACCAAAAUCACAAUGGGCUCGUCAAUGGGGAUGCUAAAAAGGUGAAAUAGUUGAUGAGAUGCUCACGGCGUCAUUUUGUUGAGCAACGAGAGAGAAUUUGGUGUACAACGUGGGCCCAGAAUAAGGUUUGUAAGACAAAAGAAAGAGAGCGUAUUAUUAAUCAAAGAUCUAUUUAUUGUUACACUGAAAAUAUUUACAAUGAAAGGAGAUAGUUGUCUAAUUUACAUUUAAAGAAACAAAAAAAAAAAGAAAACAAAACUAUAUUUCUCUGUAAAAGUAACUUUAUUUUUUUUCUCUUUUUUUGAUGGUAUUCUUUCAUCUUCUCUUUACUCUUUAAUUAUUAAAUGAAAUGAAAUUCUUUGUAAUAUUAUUAUACAAUUUAUAUUAUAAAAUAGAAAAUGUAAAUUGUUUUAAAUGCUCCAAUGUAAGGUUUAUUUGUUUAAGGUGCAGGAUAGAUCUGCUGAAAAUGUUUCUUCGGGGAUUUUCCUUUUGUUCUUCCUCAUAUUUUAUAAUGAUUUUUAUUUGUUUUGUUGUAAAUAAGUCAUAAUAUGUUGCAUCUCAUGGUUAUAUUUAUCAACAAUGAGUUAUGUCCUUCGUAGACUAGGGGACUUAAUCCUUGACAAAACUGGGUGAGAAUUUAAUCCAAGACACAUCUGCAAAAUAAUUAAUUGAAAUAAAAGUGAAAAAGAAGAAGAAUUUGCAUUUCUUGAAGGGAGCUCUCUCUGAUUGGCUGAUAAACCUGAUAAAUUCAGGCAAAGCGUUUUCAUUGGCUUGCUUGAAAGGAGGAGCUUCAGUGCAAAAAUAAAUUGAACAAUGAGAUUCUGUUAAAAAUCUUUUCUUAAAAAUCGUCAUUUAUAAGAUUUUUUGGUAUUAUGGGAAAAAUCUUCGAACAUUUUGACAGUUUAUUUCUUUCCAAGAAUUUAAGAACGUCAACUGUCAAAAUCUUACAAAAACUCUUAAGUUGAAUGGAAAAGAAAAGAUUUUUGACAGAAUUGACAGAAGAAUUUGACAGCUGAAUUUUAUUCUGCUGUCAAAAUUUCAAAAUUGUUUUAUUCAGAAUUCCAAGAAAAAAAAAUAAUGAAAAAUUUCCAUCAAAAUCAAGAUAAAUUUUAAAGAGAAAAAUCCCCAAAAAUUGCAAAGUCUUGUCGAGAUUUAAGUCCCCAGUGUACAUAUAAGGAGGUUUACUUUGCAAGUAUUUCUGCAGUAUAGUUAAUUUUUUGUGUGUUAUGGGAAGGCUUCUCUAAGUGUGGUUACUUUGAGGUUUAAUUUAUUCUCUUAUAAAAUGUUUGUAUUACUUUUUGCGCAAAACAAUGAAGAGAAGAGAUGAGCAAUAUCGAUGGGAAAAAUUGCUUUAAUAUUGAUUUAAUUUAAAACAUUUAAUUUAUUGCACAAAAUUCAUCACUUUGCGAAUGUAUUCGAUGGUUUCUCUUGCAUUUUCAUGGAUCUUCCUGUAAAACUAGGUCAAUGUUCUAAUAUUUUUUUUUCAUUCUUUGAAUGUAAUUUCUUUUGUAUAGAAAUUCAAUUUGUAAAGUAAUUAUUAUAUUGAGAGUAAAAUAAUUCUUUUGGAGGAUUCUUGUUAACAUUUACCCCCCUCCUCUAUGGUUGAUGGACGUGAUUUUUUUAAAAAAUUCUUUCACCUUUUUUUACUAUUUUUUUUCAAUGUAUAAAAAAUAGUUUUUAAUAUUAAGUCAUGAGUUUUAUUAUUAUAAAUAUUAAGGUUGUAAUUGUUAAGGUGAAUUGAUUUUUUCUUUUCCAAAAUUUCUUGUUUUUUUUCUUUCUUUUUCUUUCACAACACAGAAACGCAAAAGAGGGAAUAAAAAUAUUGAUGAAAAUUUCAUAAAUGAAAAUGUAGAAUUUUUACUAAAAAAAAAUAAAGUUUUUGAAAAAUUUCUAAUAAAAAAAAACUCCUAAUCCCCUCUUCCCCCCCAGAUUUGUAAUCUUUUGUACAGUGAUGGUAGAUUUAGAAGCACUGAUAAGAGAAGAAAAAUAAAUCAAACAUAAUGCGAAAGUAUUUUUUCAAAAGAAAAGAAUAAAAAUGAUGAAAAAUAUAAAACACAAAAUGUGUGGUGAUAUUUUUCUUAUUUUUUUGGGUGAAUAUUUUGUAAUGACAAUUUUUGUGUCUAAGAAAAUGUAUUAAGAAAAGUCUCUGAAUUGAUGACGUGCGAAGGAUUUGUAAGAAGAUUAAGAAAAUGGCUUAAUGGUGAAAAGCGAUUUGAAAAUAUUCCCUAAAUGGAAGCGGAAAAGUUUGAUGAUAAAUUGCUUCCAAUGUGUUCGUUUUGGAAUAUUUUCAGCUGCGUUUGAGCUUUGUCGUUGGAAUGCAAUAGUUGAGCAAUGAACUGUUCAGUGGCCCUCUGGUGGAAGGAAUUGUAAAGAUUUAUCUAAAAACAUUAAAAUUUCUCUAAUUCAACGUCACAGUUUUGAGGAAAAUUUAUAUUUUUCCAUGUAAUUUGCUUCAAAAAAAUUUUGCAAAAUUUUCUUGCGGUUUUUGAUAAAACUUCGAACUUCUGAAUACUUUCUAGCAGUUAUAUAUUUGAAAACUAAAGACAAGUGGUCAAAGGUAGAUUUUUAACAUAAAAUUGGUGUUAUAAGUUAUUGAAAAUUUAUUCUAGCAGUUUUAUUUUUUCUUAUUCCCAACAUUUUUUUUCUUAAACUAAAGGAAAGGAACGAAAGGAAAUUCUUUUAUGAAAAUGGGACCAGAAUAGGAAUAUUUUUCUGCAAUUGAUUUCUAAAAUCAGCUAAAUUAAGAAAUAAUUCUUGUACUUCUUGUAUUAAAAAGGUGCUAGAAUUUCUUAAUUAAAAUUAAUUUAAAAAAAACCGCAAAAUACUCAAUUUCUCGUAAAAAAAACUGCAAGAAAUAGCAUUAUUUCAGUUCUCAAGCACCAGAGGGCCAACAAGCAAUUUAUUCAACUACUAAUAAUUCUAAAGACAACGGUGUUUGUAAGAUACUUUCAUUCGUGCUAUGUACAUAAAACAUUUUUAAUAAAAAAAAUCACACCCCAUUUUUCAUUUUCCGGCUUUCCCGGUAAUCAAUAAGAUAAUUUUCAAUAUUAUUUUUGCUGCAAUAAAAAAGAGAAAAUCAUGAGACAAAAAAACGUGUUCAUUGUAAGAAAAAGUAACACAAAAAUGUAAAUUUUUUGAAUCUGUUUUCAUUUUUAUUCAUAUUUUUAAGGAUUAUGCUUUGAAGGAUAUUAAAUCUAUAUAUAAAAGAA